CUCUUCUCCUCCUCCUCCUCCUCCGAAGAAGAAGAAGAAGAAGAAGAAGGAGAAGGAGAAGAUCCGAGACCUCUCCUCCGUCUCUCCGUCUCUCUCUCCGUGCGAGAUGAGACAGGUCGCAGAGAGAGGACGUGCCUCCGGCUUCCACGAGCUUCGCCAGGCGCCGAUGAAGACGAACAUUUCCUCGAGAUGCAGCUCUCUGACGAUAGGCGAGCGGAUCUGCGCGGCUUUCAUACCGUUCGUGGCGAUUUUCGAGGUUUUCAUAUUCACAUUGGUCAAUUGCUUCGAGUACCGGCCCCGGCCGCGGCCGCGGCCCAAGGGGUUUCGCUAUGGUUUCAGAGAUCUGGCUCGCCUUGCAGAUGAGACAACAUUCACCGUGAACGAAGUGGAAGCGUUGCAUGAGCUGUUCAAGAAAUUGAGCAGUUCAAUCAUUGAUGACGGUCUAAUCCACAAGGAGGAGCUUCAGUUAGCACUGUUCCAGACUCCAUCAGGAGAGAACCUUUUCCUCGACCGGAUCUUUGAUGUUUUUGAUGAAAAGAAAAAUGGAGUCAUUGAAUUUGAAGAGUUUGUCCAUGCACUCAGUGCCUUUCAUCCCUAUGCUCCAAUGGAAGACAAAAUAGAUUUUGCCUUUAGGUUGUAUGAUCUCAGACAAACAGGGUAUAUUGAACGAGAAGAGGUUAAGCAAAUGGUUAUUGCAAUUUUGAUGGAAUCAGACAUGAGUCUGUCCGAGGACCUCCUUGAGGCUAUUAUCGACAAAACAUUUGCUGAUGCAGAUGCCGACAUGGAUGGUAGGAUCAGCAAAGAUGAAUGGAAGGCUUUUGUGCUACGAAAUCCAGCUCUUCUGAAGAAUAUGACUCUUCCAUACUUAAAGGAUGUCACCACCGUGUUUCCGAGUUUUGUUUUCAAUACUGAAGUCGAAGACUGAAAGCUCUAGUGAUUUAUCAUGGCACUACUGGACACCGCCAUCGUCUCACACGAACAGCCUCAUUUCAGCAGAUAUAUAUAGGUGUGGAUUGUAGACUGCUUUUAAGGUUAGAGCAGAUUCCACUUUGUCAUUUGAUUAUGGGGACUACAGUGCAGCCAUCUACUCAGUGAUCCGAGCAACUGAGGAAAAGAAAGGAACUUAUGAGAAGGCAAAAUGCUUUUUUUGCUCGGAGUAGAGUACGACAUUCGCGGGUAUCUGCUUGAUGUGGGCUGGGCGUUAAAUUACAGAAUGGUGGAAGAAUCUGAAAGAGAAAAGAAAGGGAAAAAACAUAGAAGAAACCUGGAUUCUAGUCAUUCGACCCCUUAUAGAGAAUUUCAUAGCUCGUGCUCCUCGCUCAGGCACGAUCAUCAAUUUUCUAAUGGCGUAUUUAUUCACCAACGAUUUACAAUAGGUUAGUUGUGUACAUAAUUUUCCUCGUCGACUAGGCAUCAGCAGCUUGAAUGUUAUAGUUCGGACCUUCGAGAGAAAGAUCAUGGCACUCUAGGUCAACCCUUUUGGCUCUCGAGUCCGCCUUUGAAGGCCUUGUACAUAGUUCCCUAUGCGAUAGGGACAAUUGUUUUUGCUUAGUGAACAUUGAUACAAUUCAUCUUCUCUUUUGACA